AUGUUACAGACCAUGACGACCGCCGCUUACCACACCGAGGACGACAUGCUCAAGCUAAAGUCCGCUCUUUGGGCUCUGGGUCACUUAGGAAGUAGCAGCGAAGGUCUGCGCUACCUCAUACUACACAAUUGUGUGGCAGCCAAGUGCACCCCAAAGGAUCGUAUUCUGUCACACUAUUUUCAUUCAAAUCGUCUACAGGGUGGUUCUGUACACCAGCAUUUUUGCCGGACCUCAGAAGUCUCUAACUUUACCCGCCAAUCAAAAUCAACCUUCGGCCUAUCACAAGAGGUUGCUGUCGAAAUAAUCCGAGCACCCUCCGAUAGCAAGAAAGGCAGCUUUAGGUUAGGUACCGAGAUCGUGCGAAGGGUGCGCAACAACUCCACGACCGAAUCGACGACUUCGGGUGUGAGUUCGUGCGAUUCCGUCGGCGGCGGGCGAUCGGUCGUCUACGAACCCCAGCAACUCCUCAGCCCCAUUCCGAGUUCCUGCACGUUGAAACAGUCUGGCCAGAAAGUGAGGCGUCAUUCCGAAUCGUCGCGCCGCGUCUCCGUUCAAAGCGGGUCUAACUCGGACAAAUCGCUUCAGUCGCUGGUUGGAGGCGUGUCGGGGAAACUCAGCCACCAGGAUUUGAUCGGCUACGCCACGUUCCGGGCGUUGCGUAAGUCGCCUAGGUACCUCGAAGAGCCGGCCUAUGACGCCGACGAGGUCGUCAAUGAUAGCUUGUGGGACGUACCGAUUUCGCUCAUUGAGGAUUGUAAUUUGUUGGAGAUGACAAAUUCGAGCAUUAAGCGAUUCUCGGUGCACGAUGGGGGGGAGGAGAGCGACGAUACAUAUACAUGGGGAUUAGUUUACCCGGCGAUAUCCACAACCUGUUUUUGGACGUGGAAGAGGAGGUGAAAGAUGUGCCGUUGGAGAGGUUUCCGAUCAUUGAAGACGAGGUCGUGUGUACAUUGCAUGAUUUUAAGGUGAGGGAGGAGACGCUUUGGAAACACGA